AUGUCCUCUCCAGAGGUGCCACCGAGGCCUCGAACGCCCGAGGAGCUUGAGGAUCCGGCGGUCCGGCCUGAAGAUGGCACAAUCGAACCAGUCAGCCACUACUUCAGCCCCAUAAUCGAAGUCACCGAUACCGAAUCACUCAAGUCCUCCAUUAUAGAAUACAAAUGGGUUCAUGGUAGACGAUUUCAUGCCUACGGUGACGGUACUUACUGGGGCGCCAACGAUGACCGUCAACAAGAAGCCGAAGACUUGAUGCAAGUGACAAUAUCCACCUCUCACAUACAACAUAACAUUUUAGACGUUGGCUGUGGCACGGGCAUCUGGGCCAUGUGA